AUGGCAGUGUCUAGUAAAUUAAUCUUAAAGACAAUUGAUACAUCUUGUCAUGAAUUUAUGCAUCCAUGGGUUGCUUCGUGUUCUGAUGCUAGUGCUGGUUUACUUAUUCAUUCAAUUCAAGCUUCAUUUCGAAUUUAUGUUACUACAUACAUGGUACUAUUUUAUACAUAUCUCAAUUAUAUUUAAGUAAUACAAAUUGAAAUCUAUAUUUUAUUAUAUAGUUAACUCUAUUAAUGAAAGGUCGGAAGCCAACAAAGAAGGAGCUGAAACGAAUAUUGUUAAGCAUUUUACAAUCAACUGCUUUCCUUUCAUUUCAUGCUUUUGGUUUUUCUUCUGCAGUUUGCAUAUUGAGGUAUUAUGUUGAAUAGUAAUAUAUUUGUGUUUAUAAAUUAUACAAUUUGUAGCUAUUUUAGGGCAACUCGCUGAGACAUGUUUUAAUAUGUCUCUAAUAAUAAUUAAAAAUUGAAAAGGCAACUGAAUAUUGUUUGUAUACUGUAAUGGCUCAUGUGAAGUCAUCACAUUCUCAUGGAAUAGGUAGUAAACAAAUAUUUUUAGUACAUUUGAUAUUUAUUGAACAAAUAAAAUUAAUGUAAUUCUAAAUAUAAAAAUGUUUUUGUUUAGAGCAGUUUAUUUUUUUUUUGUUAUUUGUAAAAUACAUAUUUUCAAUAUUUGGCAAAGCAUGGAUCAUAUUUUUCAACAGAAUUCUGAUAAUGCAGUGGCGGUGUGAAGUUUUUUGUUUGUUGAAAUAGUUUCAGUAAAUGCAAAAUUGCAAAAAACCUUACACAACCAAAGUCCAGAUGAUUCAGGAGCUGUAACUAAGCUUAUUAGACUUGUAGUUCAUAUUUUUCAUUAGAAUAUCUAAUGAUGAAGUGCCACACAUACCACUACUCACCCAAUUAAAUUAUGAAGAAUAUGUUUAACUAACUUACAUAUUAAUUAUUUAAUUUAAAAAAAAUAUAGUUAUCUUCUUAGCUGGUUCAUUCAACAAAAUUAUAUAAAUGUUGGAAUAUUUAUUUUUAAUAAGUAAUUAAUACCUUAAAUUUUUAACUGUGUUAUAUUAUUUUAGGAAAUUAUGUGGAAAAUUCAAUGUGCUAAGUGUUGCAUUCCUUCCGUGUUUUUUAUGUAGUUUAGUUGCUAUAUCGAUUGAAAGACCAUCCAGGAGGGGAUUACUGAGUCUUUAUGUAACAAAUGUUGUAAGUCACUUUAUUAAUUUAAUAGUUAUUCAUAAUUUAGUGUACCGUUAAGAGUGAGAUAUACUGAAUUAGUCAGUUAUAUGUAAUCAAUGUAUUGAAUAUCAUAAUAUGCAGCACAACAUAACAUUGAGUUAUGAAUAUUGGAAAUCCCCUUAUUAAUUUAAUCAUAUAUUUAUAAUUUAUUUAAGAUAAAUUAAAAUUAUAAAUCAGAAUAAUAAAGUUGACGUUUAAUUUAAAAUAUAUUCUAUUUAAGGCUUCAGAAACAUUUUAUAAUAUGAUGGUUAGCAGAGGUAUUAUAAAACCAAUACCUUACGGUGAUUUGUUUAUAUUUGGGUCCUCCAUUACACUGCUAUUAUAUUCCUUUAGAGGACAGCAUAAUAAAUCAGAUUCAAUUUACUCCCUGUUAAGGUAAAUGCUAUUUUUUUUAUAAAUUAUUAUUUAUAAUAAUAUUUAAAAUUUACUUAAUGAUUUUGUGUAUAAUAUAUAAAAUGUAACAUGAAAAUGUCUUUAAAUUUAUGCAACAGUUUAAAUAAUUUAUAUUCAAGUUUUAAAAAAAUUAAGAAGUUUAUACAUAUUAAUUGUUACUAAACUUUUAAAAACACUGAAUAUAUAUAUUUUAUUAUAAAGACUUGAAUAUAUAAUUACAAAUGUAGGAACAUUGUGACCAGGGGUGGUUAAAUGGAGGGAAAGAUAUUCUCCUUUCUCCACUUCAAUAUUUGUAUAUAAUAGAAUAUUAUAGAUUAUUAGUGUUUUAGAAGACUAUAACUGUAUGUUAAAGAAAUAGGAAAAUAACAAGAAAGUUUUUCAACUGACCAAAAUACUUGUUAUCAGACAAAUAACAAAAAAAAUCACAAAUUCAGCAUUCAUGUGUACUUUUUUUUAUAUGACUUAAUAGUAAAAAGUAUGCUGUGGAGCAAAACUAUCAGAACUUGGAAUACCAGUAAAAUUCACUAGGUUGAUGAAAGCUUAUAUGCAAAAUUAGACUCAACUUGGGAAUAUUGGAAGAGUUACAGUGACUACAGAAGUAAUCCCCUUCAGGGUGAUGGACUGUCUCUGACCUUAUUUAAUAGUGUUAAAAUUGUUAAAAAUACUGAAAACUAAGCCAAAGGGAUUGAAUAAAGGAUAGAAGAAUAGAUCAUUUUGGCCCCAGCAAAUGAUAUAGUUGUGAUAAAAAGGACAGAGGAUACUCCUAAAAGAAGAACUGAAAACUUAAUUGGUGCAGUGAAAAAGAUAGGUCUUAUCAUCAAUGAAAAUAAAACCAAAUAUAUGUUUGUAUUUAGAAGAAAGCACCCUAAAAUGCAAUAACAAUAAGAUCGGUUGUGUUUUAUGCUAGUGGAGCUUAAUCCUUUAACAAGUCUGAUGAAAACAAACUAAUGAUAUUUGAAAGGAAAAUCUUGAAUAAUGAAGGAGUCAUAAGGUAAAACAGAGAACUUUUAACUCUAUACUAUAUAUUUUUAAUAAUUGUUAAUUAAUAAGCUUCAUGCUCAUGACAAAAUUAUUUGCCCACAUCUAAUUGCUAUGAAUAACAAUUAAUAUAUAAUAUUAAACAUAUGUAGUAAUACCUGAAAAAAGAGGUAAUGUAAGUUACAUGAUCACUUAAAAAUGUAAUCAUGUAUUGAUAACCUACUAGGUGUGUAUAAUUGUAAAUAUCUCAAAAGUUGCAUAGUGACAUUAUAUAAAAAUACAAUUUUUAUAAAUUUGGUGAUAGAAGUAGAAAAAUUCAUAUUUCCGCCAUUGAUCUAUUAAAUAGUUUUAUUAUAAGUUAAAAUUAUACAGCACUAUACUAAAUACCAUUAAUAAUCAUCAGUUGUUUUAUCAUAUAGUAAUUAUUUAUUAUAAUUUAUUUAUGAAUAUUUAAAAAUACGAAUAAUUUAAAUUAUUACUUGUUUGUAUUUUAGUAUGUUUGAUGUUAUGCAUUGUUAAAUAUGUGCCAUUAAAAAAAAAUGUAUAAGGACUUAUACAGAGUUUCCUACUGUGUGUGUACACACAUAUGUAUAUUUAAUACAAUUAUAAAUUAUCAAUUUAUAUUUUAUACACCUAUAAUUAUAAUUUAUUGUGUUAUAUAUUUAGAACAAUAAUAUAAAAUAAAUAAAUAAUGAAUUGUACUUAAUUAUUGUUUUAUAAAAGGUUUGUUGUUGGUUCAUCUGAAGAACAUGAUUAUUCAAAGCCAUUAUUAUCUUCUCAACCACUCCCAUUAAACACUGUCUCAAAUCAAGAUAUUAUUCGGCAAACUGUUUUUAAUAUUCGUCAAGCUUACUAUACUCUAGACAGUGAAUUAAAAAAGAUUUGGGUUAAUGAUGUAUGUCCACAUGCGUAUGGAUGUUUUCAUUAUGUCAUUAAUGUAAGUAAAUAAAUUAUUUAAAAUCUGUAUAGGUCAAUGAAAAUAUAUAAAUAUAUUUAUUAUUUUUUUUAGUCUGGAACAAGAUUAUUUUUAGUUGGUUAUACACUGCAAUUAUGUUUAAAGUCGUUAUUACAAGCUAAUAAAAUUAUACGAAAACCAACUUAUAUUUUAAAACUAAUGAUAUCACCAAGUACAUUUAGUUUAGGAGCAUUUCUUGGAGGAUUCUCUACUAUUUAUAAAGUAUUUUUAUUAUAAUAAAUAUAUUUUAUUACUCUGUAUUGAUAUUCUUUAUGAUUUAGUUAGUAUCAUGUUUAAUGAGAAGAUUUUUGGGUAAAGAUUCAAAGUACAUAUGUAUUCCAGCAGGAUCUUUAGCUAGUCUAACAUUUUGCUUGUAUCGAAAUAAUACAAUUGCUUUGUAUGUUAUGCUAAAAACUUUACAGGUAUCAUUUAUUUAUACUAUAAUUAUAAUUUUUUUUCAUAAAGAUUAAUCUUAAAUAUAUAAUUAUUCAAAUUGUUUUCAGAUUAUGUAUACGAAAGGUUCUAGUGAUGGAAUUUUUCCAGAUUUACCUCAAGCAAACAUAUUUUUUUAUUGUUUUUCUACAGCUAUUUUAUUUCAUGCAGCUAUACUUGAACCACAUAAUCUGAGACCAUCAUAUUGGAAAUUCCUGCAGUCUGUAUCUGGAGGAACUAUAGGAUUGAUGGAUAGACAGUGUUUGGAAGUAUUUGGCCUUAAAUCUAGUGAAUCGCUUGAAAGAGUAUUAAAAAAGUAUAAAACUGUUCCAUUACAGGUGAUGAAAUUUUAA